CAGCAGUGGACUUUGGCUACUCCGAUCUGCAGGAACUGGAGCCUGGCGCCAGCUGAUGGUGCAAGCGAUAGGGCGGUCACGUGGGGUCGCGAGAACCAGUCCCUUAGUGGUGGGGAGAGAAGUGUGGAGAAGGCUUGGGAGCAGAUCCUGUCCCCUAGUCCUUUCUGAAUAAGUCUUUGAGGUGCAGGGGACCACAAAUACCCCGUCCCGACUGAAGGAACAGCACCAAAUCAUCCGUUGUUUUAGCUUACAAGCGUCAAGGGGAUCUAAAGGGUCCCUGAAGAUUAAAGCAAACUAGGAGAUUUCCUGGUACUGCAAGAUCAAGGGGAACUUCAGUAUUAGAACCUGAAACUGCCGAAUAUUGGCGACACUGCCUGCUUAUCUGCAGUCCACAGCACCUCUCAUCAGCUGGUUUGCAUCGAUCACAACGAGUCUUUAAGUCUUCCCCGGUUUACCUAAGCUCUAUAAAUGCAGGCCUAUAACUGGAAUAUUGUUUGACUUUAAUCGAUAGACGCAUUUCCUCCAGCAAUUGGAGCUGAUUUAAUUUUGGAAAUAUUAUUCUGGCUAACAUGGCACAGUUGGAUUGAAGUGUAUUGACAAAUCGUGGACACAUUGGAGUGGCAAAGACUUAUAUUGCACAUCUUAGGAGUGUACACGUUGAUUUUUGUGUUUUGAAAGGCCAGUAUGUAUCAAAGUUUAGCAAUGGCGGCUAGCCAUGGUCCUCCUUCGUAUGAGGGUGCAGGGAGUUUCAUGCAUACUGCCACGGCAACAUCCCCAGUUUAUGUACCAACCACCAGGGUUAGCAGCAUGAUCCCCAGUCUCCCUUAUCUCCAGUCAGGCAGCUCCUCCCAGCAGGCUAGCCCGGUGUCCAGUCACUCAGUAUGGGCGCAACCAGGAGUGGACUCAGCUGUUUAUACCCAUGGUACCUCUCACCCGCCUGUAUCUCCAAGGUUUGCCUUCUCCUCGAGUCCUCCCAUCACAGCAACCGCCUCAUCAAGGGACACAACACCGUACACCAGCCCCCUAGCAAUACCUGCAAACAGUAGGGACCAGUACAGCAGGGGGCUGAGUGGGGCAUAUCCUAGCCACUAUCCACCGUAUAUGAGUCCUGACAUGAGCACCGCUUGGGCCGCUGCUCCGUUUGACAGCAGCAUGCUCCACAACUUCCAGAACCGGGGAGCAGCUGGACAAGUGAGGCACGCUAAUAUCGAGUUUUUUGAUGACUUUUCAGAAGGCAGAGAAUGUGUGAACUGUGGAGCCAUGUCUACCCCUCUGUGGAGGAGAGAUGGAACUGGCCACUACCUUUGCAAUGCUUGUGGCCUCUACCACAAGAUGAAUGGUAUCAACCGGCCCCUGAUUAAACCACAAAGAAGGCUGUCAGCUUCACGCCGUGUUGGCUUGUCCUGUGCUAAUUGUCACACAACAACCACAACUUUAUGGAGGCGUAAUGCAGAGGGGGAGCCAGUGUGUAAUGCCUGUGGGCUCUACAUGAAGCUACAUGGGGUCCCACGGCCACUGGCUAUGAAGAAAGAGGGUAUACAGACUCGAAAACGCAAGCCUAAAAAUCUUAACAAACCAAAGGCAUCAGCAGGAUCAGCCAACUCUGAAAGUCUCACUCCAACCACCAGUAGCACCCCAACUUCAAGCACCUCAGUAGAACUUCUCCGUCCAAUCAAAACUGAGCCAGGACUCACAUCGCACUAUGGGCUACAGAAUGCUAUUACUCAGGUGUCUUCAGUUUCUGCAAUUACUAGCCAAGGAAUUAGCAUCCAUCAUGGGAUCUCUGCCUUGAAACUGGCUUCAUCUAGCCACCCCAGCACCUCAAGCUCAACUAGUCAAGGAAGCUCCAAGCAAGACUCCUGGAACAGUCUUGUUUUGGUUUAGCAGUUGUGACCAUUAACUAGUCUUUGCUAUAACAGGCAAUUUUGCAAACUUUACAGUGCCUUCUGUCUGUGGAUUGUUCAAAUCAACAUUUGUGUUUUGCCAGUAAAGGUUGCACUUCAUGAAGCUAUCUUCAAGUGUGUGAGCACAGUAUGCACAAAUGCAGAAUCCAAAUAGAGCAAGAAAUGAGUACCUCAACUGGGAUUUGAACCCAGGCCAUCCUUAGUGCACAUCCAGUUGCUCUAUAGAUGCAGUUGCACUACCAAAGCAACUAUAAAUCUGGGACUCUGAGAACCCAUGCAUCCUUGGGAAGAACAAGCAGUAACAUUUUCAUAUACAUAGUCAUGCUGUGGGCACAUGUAGAUGGAACCCAAACAAAUGGACGGGAGAAGAGUUACUUCAUCUGUCUGUUUUAAUUCCAUGACUCUACAGGUCAGCUAAUAAGGCAAACUUUCGCUAAAUAUCUCAGUGUGCAGGAGACGUAGAAUCACUUUAAAAGUAAAAAUAAAAAAUAGUAAUAUGUAAUUUAAAGUAUAUUGUAGCUAGAAAAGAAAACUGGAUGCAUUUUGUAAUUAGAAAAUAAUGAAAACGUUGUUAAGGUUCAAGGGUGAUUAUGUCUGCAUGGACCCUCCAUUUCUCUUCAGUAUCAAAUCAUGUACUGUUAAAGGCGUGAAGGUUAUGUUCCAGCAUUGAAACAACUAAUUUACCAAGACAGUUGCAUUUGAAGUUCCAAACUGCAGUUGCAACAAGUUUCAGCUUUUCUUGCCAGACAGAUUUGGUCAUUCCUCAGAGAUUCUAGAUUCCUUCUGCCUGUAAAUUGAAGAGGAAGUGUAGUGCAGCAUUAAAGAGAAGUGCUUCUAUCAAAAUAACUCAUUGAAGGGUGAAAAGCCUUCCUUACAUGAAGAAUUAGGGAAUACGGAUGCCAGAACUUCACCUUCACAGAGUACAUCAUGGUCUCUGGUGAGACAUUCUAAAGUAUUCAUUUUUAAAUGACUGAUUGUUAAUACCCAUGGCAUCAUAGCCACAUGGGCAUUGUCUACCAGUCCUGUUCUUUCUGGACCAUUUAAUGUACAUUUACCAUUUCCUUGAUGACAAAGUUCAUUUAGAGUGUGGCAGCCUUAUUUUGUCAAAUGCCUGUAAAUCACUAUUUCUUUAUCAAACUUGUAAGGACACUCUUCAUCUUAAAGCAGAUAUGCCUUGAAUGUAGAAAUGGAUACUUUGAACCAUGGUGCACAAUUACUUUGAGUAGAGGCAUACAAAUGUGUUAACCAAGGAAGAGAUUUAUUUUGACAAAUGGUGCAAAUAUAAUUUCAUCAUGUUAGCAGUCAGUUAAUUAUAGUAUAUUAUUUUAACAGUAUAUUGAACUUUUUGACCAUAGCAAGACUUCUAUAACCCCUCAGACCCUAUCCUGACAUGACACACACUCCCCGUUAGUCAUGAUACAGGAUUCCAGUUAUCUAUAGCACAAUGUCUCCCAUUACAUGACAAGAGGUUAUUUUAUAAGACUUACUUGAACACAGCCGUCCUGAAUUGGUAUCAUGAGUUACUCCCAUGUACUGCAGAAAAUAUUUAUAAAUACCUUUGUCCUUGUUCUUUCUUGACUAUGUUAUUGCCUUUGUCCAAAGGGUAGUACUAACUUGGAGCAAUUCCAUAGAAGUAGCAUGCAUAAGACAAUUGAGCAGAGCUGGGUUGUACCUGUAAACUAAGUUAUAAUCUUGUCCCCUAGCAAGAACAUCAAUUGAUAUUUUUCCUGUUCUCUUACAUUCUUUGAGAAAUGUGUGUUGUUUUAGAAUUAAAAAAUACAUAUUUUCCACAAUCAUCAGAUAAACAUAUUUGUCUUAAGGAUUUUUUAAAUGUUUUAGCAUUCUUUUUAACAUGAUGAAUUAUUAGUAACUGCACUGAAGAAUGAAUUCAUUUUACACCUUGAUUGAGCAUGGGCUGGUUACAAGUUUACAAGUGGAUUGUAUGAAUGAUUAAUGUCUCAGGGGUGAUAUGGUUUAAGUCAUAAAUUUUGCUUGUUAAUUGUGACAGACAGUUAAAAAGAGGAGGCAGUGCUGACCAUAUGGGUCUGCAGUCCCCCACUCACCAGUCCUUCUAUCAGGGGGAUGUAAAAGAAUACAUAGCAUACAAAGUUUAGAUCCUCAAGGGCUUUACGUACUCAGGACCAGAGGAAUUAAGUUUCUCAAGCCAAGAAACACUUUUAUGUACCUUCUUUCAAAAAAAAAAAAAAAAACUGAUGAGUUGCUCCUGUUUAUAACUGGGCUAAGUGUGAAGUUAGCUGUAUUCUGGGGAAGCUCACAAAAGCUCCAUAACUUAGACUAAAAGAGCAGAUGGAUCCAUCUGUGGCAUAUUUCUCAAUGUAUCUUAUUAUGAAGAAUGUUCUUCAGCCUGAGUCUUAAAAAUUCCAUGUUCCAUGCUGUUUACUCAUUGAAAUGGUCUGUCACAUAUUUGUUAACAGUCUUUUUAACAAAUAUCCAUGGAAGGAAAUAAAAAAUAUUGAAUCAUAUCAAUUUAUCAAAAAUGCUUUUUAAGGUGUACAUUGAAGCAAUUUAACGAUAAUGUCAGCUUCCUACCUGUGGUACUUUCAUGGAAAAGUACUCGUGCUCCAGCAGUGAGCAUACAUGUACUGCUAUAGGGAGUUUUCUCACACAGCAGUACUUUCUUUGGAGAUUGAUUUUAGAAUGUGGUGAGACAUUGGUUUAAGCCAGGCUGUUUUAUCAGAGAUAUAUCUCUAGAUGUCUGUUUCUUACAAUCUGUCAACAACAGACCGGUUGUUGUUUGUUUUUCAGUUAUAAUUACAUUCUUUUACAUCUGGAAUUCCUAAAGCAAAUUUUGGGCUACCAUGAAUGCUGAAAGUAAAAGCAACCCAGUGACCAUUCUCUCUAUUUAAUCAGUCACUCCAUAUAUUACUUUUGUUUAUUUUGGUCUACAAAGUGUUUCAGUGUUGUACAGUUUAAAUAAAAAAGCCACCGUAUUUAUAGAUACCCUUCACACUCCAUAAGAGAAA